AUGCCAUAUCUCACACUCCGAGACGGAGCCGAGCUCUUCUACAAAGACUGGGGCAACCCCGAUGGGCCUGUAGUCACUUUCUCUCACGGCUGGCCCUUAAGCAGCGACAACUGGGAAAACCAAAUGGUUUUCCUGGCCGACCACGGCUACCGUGUCAUCGCACACGAUAGGCGCGGCCAUGGACGAUCCACUCAAACUUGGGAAGGAAACAAGAUGGACUUCUUCGUCGACGACCUUGCAGAGUUGUUUGCGUAUCUUAAAAUCAAAGACGCCGUCAUGGUCGGACAUUCUCACGGAGGAGGAGAAGUCACCCACUUCCUCGGGAAGCACGGCACAGAUCGCUUCAGAAAGGCUGUUCUUGUCGGCGCCGUGCCCCCUCUUAUGCUCAAAACUAGCGACAACGCCGAGGGAUUGGACAAAUCUGUGUUCGAUUCAUUCCGAGAAGCUAUGCACAAAGAUCGGGCACAAUUCUUCCUAGAUGUUCCCAGUGGACCCUUCUUCGGCUUCAAUCGGCCUGGUGCGCAGAAGAGCGAGGGACAGAUCCGCCAUUGGUGGCAGCAGGGCAUGAAUACCAGUUACAAGACGGCUUAUGACUGUAUUAAGGAUUUUUCGGAGACUGAUUUCACGGAGGAUCUGAAAAUUAUCGAUAUUCCAGUCCUUGUUCUUCACGGUGAUGAUGAUCAGGUUGUUCCUAUUGAAGCCGCUGGACUCAAAUCGGCGAAGCUUUUGCCUCAAGGCAAGCUGAAGGUUUACAAGGGGGGCUCUCAUGCGAUUCAUAACAUCAAUAUUGAUGAAGUUAACAAGGAUUUGCUUGAUUUUAUCAAGUCAUGA